UGCAAUUAAAUGUGCUACUGCAAUUAGACAAAUAAUUACUACUAUUAAUAAUUCUCUUAGUACUAAGGCCAACAAGAACAAAUAUAUCUUAGUAUUAAAAUAAAAGCACCGCUUCCACCUCUGUAUCUUCUUCUGCAUCUAUCCUUGUGUUUUUCUCUCUUAUAAAAAUUCAUUUUUUUGUUCUUCUUUUGCUCAGCCUCGUUUCUGUCAAUGGUGAUCAAAUACAUCGAUGAGAAGAUACUGUUAAUGGAGGUAGAGAAUUCGGGACACGUGUAAAGUAAUGGAGGAGCAUUAAAGUGUAACCAAUGAAUGAGCUUUGAGCUGUUUGAGAUGCUUCCUCUCUGUAUGCAGAGUGAGAAAGAGAGCAAUAACUAUGAUAUCUCGAUUUUAACCCAUUACUCCACAUUCAAGACACUGAGUGAGAUCCACAUGCCCCCAUUAUAUUUUUCAUCCAACAUCUUUUCUUUCUUCUACAUUUGAUCUCUCUCUCUCUCUCUCUCUCUUUGGAAAAGAAGAAACUUUCUUCAUUACAUUGUUCCUCCUCGAUCUAUGAAGAAGAUGAAGAAACCACGAUUUGUCCUCCUUUUGGUUGUGUUUAUAGUCCUCUGCGUCUCACUUGUUUCUUCUGAAAUGAAUUUGGGUUUGGAGGAUUACAAUUUUCCGGUGGAUCCAUCUCCGACUACAAAAGCUUCGAUCAAACCAGGUCCUAUUGAGCAUGGAAACCCUCUCAAUCCUUAUAUUCCUAAGCCUCCUUCUUCUUCUCCUCCUCCACAAGGUCCUCAAGACGGUGGAUAAAAUCAUUUAUUUAUAUAUAUAUAUUAAUUAAAUAAACUUUUCGUGAUCUCCGUACUGUUUGUAUCUAAUGUUUCCACGUUUUUUUUUCUUUUUCAAAUUCUCUGUUUCAGUAACUCGUUCUACUAACUUUGUUGUUUUCUACUUUGCUAUGUUUUAAUUAGUUUCCUUUUUCUGCAUUUGUUUUCUAAUGGACUUAUCGGUGUUUGAAGUGAUAAUGGAUUUGAGUCGUAUGAUU